AUGGCUGCAGCUCUUGCGCUUGUCCUGGCCAUGCUGGGCACUAUCCUGCAGCUGCUGAAUAUCAGUGACCAUGUGGAUGUGGGCACUGUCCUGCAGCCACUGAAUAUCAGUGACCACAUGGAUGUUGGCAUGGUACUGCAGCUACCAGAUAUCAGUGACUAUGUGGACAUGGGCAUGGUCCUGCAGCUGCCAAGUAUCAGUGAGGACAUGGAUGUGGGCACGGUCCUGCAGCUGCUCAGUAUCAGUGAGCAGGUGGACGUGGAGCAGCAGAUGCAGCAGCAUGAGGAGCAGAUGAGUCAUCUCCUGACUCUGCAGGAGCUGGCGACGAUGAUGCAGGACGCACCGAGCGCGCUGUUCAAGAGGGACGUGGUCUUUGCCACCUGGGACUUGUGGCAGCUUGGGGCCUUUGCUGGAGGCCUUGUGCUGCUCUUGGGGCUCUUCUGGAUGUCCCCAAGGCAGGAGAACGGCUCGGRCAAGGGCAGUGGCACCGAGGAGGAGGAGGUGGCGGGCACUGCGCCCUCGCUCUCUCCUGAGCAGCAGCUGGACUCGCUGCACAGGAGGGCUCUAGAGAGCUUCUGCGAGCAGCAGCUGCGGGGCCCAGCGCGGGACRCGGCCCUCACGUGCCAGGCCGUGCGGGAGCUGGUGGACAACCUCCUCCACGCCUGCCACAUGAUCUCCCUGGCCACCUUCCUGCCGCGGCUGGAGCCCUGCRUCGGCGUGGGCAGCGCCUUCGAGGGCUGGGGCCACGGCGGCGAGGCCACCGCCUACAGGGUGCUCGUGCGCCUGAAGCCGCCACCCGGGCACUGCUUCCGCCUGCGGCCCGGCCCCGGCACGGAGCUGCCCGCSAGGCCCGGCCGCAUCCGCGUGAAGCUGCAGUGCAUGUGCUGGCGGGAGCAGCUGCUGGGGGACGUGCUGUGCUUCCGGCACCGCUCCUCCGAGCAGGUGCGCCGGCACCAGCGCCCCGGGCUCCUGCACAUCCUGUGCACCGACUCCUACCUGGAUGUGGAGAAAACGGCCCGCUGGUUGCAACUCUUUGUGCAGAAUGCCUGGGACGUGAUUGCUGAGCAGCAAAACUGCCAGCUGGCGGUGCUGCCUUCCUCCCGUUCCUGUCAGCUCCAGCUCACCUACGACUCUGGGAGGACCGUGCGCGUGGAGAUGGUGCUGGAGGUGCAGCAAGAUGAGCUGGGGGUCUUUGUGGGCAGCCAGGAAGCAGAGGGAGACCUGAGCAGCACAACGUGGCUGGAGAGCUGCGCCCUGCACGAGCUGCUCUUCUUCAGAUGGGUGGCCAGGCAGGCCCCCCAGGGCAGCUGCCACCUGACGUGUCUGCAGCUCCUCACCUACCUCCUGGGGGACUCGGUGCUUUCCCCUGCCCACCUGAAAACGGCCACCAUGCACCUCCUGACACUGCUGCCCCCGUCGGAGUGGUGCCCGCAGCACCUUGCCGAGCGCCUGAGGGAUAUCCUGCACUACCUGCACCGCUGCCUCGAGGAGAGGCAGCUUCACCACUUCCUCGUGGGCAACGCGCGGGUGCCCGGGGAGSUCGCGCUGCCCGCGGCCUUCCAGGCAGCCCGCCCGCUCAACCUCUUGCAGCGCCUGGCGCGGGAGCCGCAGGCGCAGGCGCUGCGCRAGCUCGCCCAGCUGCGCCAUCGCCUGCAGAGCCUCUCGCGCUGA